GACUCCUCAGCCUCAGGCCACAUCAUGGAGAGUCUGGAGAAGCAGCUCAUCUGUCCCAUCUGUCUGGAGAUGUUCACCAAGCCCGUGGUCAUCCUGCCCUGCCAGCACAACCUGUGCCGCAAGUGUGCCAACGACGUGUUCCAGGCAUCCAACCCCUACCUGUCAACCAGAAGCGGCUCCACGGUGACGUCCGGAGGUCGUUUCCGCUGCCCGUCCUGUAGACAUGAGGUGGUCCUGGACCGACACGGGGUUUACGGCCUGCAGAGGAACCUGCUGGUGGAAAACAUCAUUGACAUGUACAAACAGGGCAGUACCAGUAAAACGCCUCUGGAGCCGAAGCUGGAGCAGCCGAUGUGUGAGGAGCACGAAGACGAGAAGAUCAACAUCUACUGCGUCUCCUGCAGCGUCCCCACCUGCUCCCUGUGCAAGGUGUUCGGAAGCCACAAGGACUGUGAGGUGGCUCCGCUGAGCAGCGUCUUCACCCAACAGAAGGCAGAGCUCACCGACUGCAUCACCAUGUUGGUUGGAAACAACGAGCGGAUUCAGGCCGUCAUCGGUCAUCUGGAGGAAACGUGCAGGGCUGUUGAUGACAACGGCCGCAGACAGAAGUCGAAGGUGUGCGAGACCUUUGAUCACCUGUUUGCCCUUCUGGAGGAGAAGAAAGGUGAGAUGACUGUGAGGAUCAACUCAGAGCAGGAGGAGAAACUUGACUACAUCCGAGGUCUAAGGAAGAAGUACACUGACCACCUGGAGACCACAGCCAAGCUGUUGGAGACGGCCAUCCAGACUAUGGAUGAGUCCGAGAUGGCCGUGUUCCUGCAGAUGGCCAAACCGCUGCUUCAGAAGAUUGUGGAUGGAACCAACACAUCUCACCUGGAUAAACUCCAACACGGCUACGAGAACAUGGAUCACUUCAAGGCAAACCUUGACCAUCAGAGGAAGGCGCUAAGUAGCAUCGACUUCAACAAAUGUGAUAAUGAUGACAAUGAAGAUGGGGGAGAGGUCAGCGCAACAACAGGAAGUGGCACUAAGGCACAGCACACUGCACCUGUAACAACUACAGGACAUGCAGCCAAUCAGGAACCUCCUCUGUUACCCGUCCAGCUGGUAGCUCUGCCCCCUCAUAGACCAACAGAAACAUCACCCACUUUCACAUCACAGCCUAAACCACCCGGACCCUCAUCAGUCAACCAGGAGCUGCCCCCUCUGCUUCCUCCUACAUCUGGCCCUGCCCCUCAGGUCCAGUCUGAUCAGAAUGAGUCAGAAGAUAGAGACACACCCAAACACGUCUUCUCCUUCAGCUGGCUCAACCAGAAAUAAGAAGUAAAAUCAGUUUGACACCCUUGAGGAGAAUGUUAUGUUCCCUACAUUUUUCUAUAACAUUUCUACAGAUUUUGAAAAAUGUCACUUCUUUUUUAAACAAAUAUCUUGUGUUAAUAAUGUAAUACUUUAAGUAGUUAAACUUAACAAGUGAGGUUAACUGCGUUGAGUAAAUAUUAAAUUAGAGAUACAUUCACAGAGUAUGAAACAUGAAGUGUGGCUGAUAGAUACUAAUAAUAAUAUACAUGAUCACCUUCAAGCAGUGUUGAAAUGUUGCAGCUGCUUUUUAAAGCUUUAACCAAUUGAUUGUUAUUGUAAGUGAUUUUCGUAAAAGACUGGAGGAUCAUCUUUUUCUACCAACAGACAUUUAGUGGAACAAAGUAUCUUCCAUGUAGUUAUACUUGAUACUUAUGUACUUAUUUGAGACUACGUCAGUGUGGUUCUGAGUCAGCGUCCUGCUAGGUCGGUGUCCUUCACACCCACCACCACCACCGUGUGUUUGUUCUCUGUAUGUUGUCACAAAUCGGGUCUCCUAACUAAUUUUUGUGACAUUUCCGGUUUUAUUUUGAAAUUCAAAGGUUUUCAUUUUGUAAUUAGUUCCUGCAUUUAAGCACCAGCUCUGACACUUUGCCAGAUUGUCUGCUCAUGUCACCCUGUUGUCCAGCUUUCCAGCAUCUCCGCAUAAGUCCUGUGGUUUUGGUUUCUGUGCCCAUUUCUGACCUUGUAAUCCAUGCCUGUAUCUUCGCUGGAGUCUGAGUCACUGUUUUUCACCACUGCCUUCCGACUAGCCUGCUGAAUUUUGUGGUUUUCCCAAACCCCUGUCUGAGAGCUGUGCAUUUGGGUCCUUCAUCCUGCACCUGCCUGACAGAUGUUUUAAUUUGUCCUUUUUUCCUUUGUUUGUAUUUAUGAUGUUGUCCUUGUGUUUAAACUAUUUAUUAAAAAGGUUUUGUAGUUGAA